AUGCUACAAUGCCGUCACCAGGUGAAGAUUGCCGACUUUGGUCUGCUGAGGAUGGGGGAGGGCACAACCGUGGGCACAACGCGCAUCAUGGGCACACCGGGCUAUGUGGAUCCGGUCUACUCCAUCACGUCCAAGGCCACUGCAGCCAGCGAUGUGUACAGCUUUGGAGUGCUCAUGUUGGUGGUCCUCACGGGACGAGAGCCAAUCUCAGAAACUGCUGGAGAGAGCUGGAAGAUCACUCCGUGGGUGGCGGAGUGCCUGUCCAAGAAUGACGUGGGGAGCCUCAUGGACCCCACCAUGGACGCCCCUGCUGAAGCUGUGCUGCGAGUGGCUCAGAUCUCCCUCGCCUGCACUGGAGAGCGCACUGCAGACCGCCCAAGCAUGCUGCAGGUUGCCAACGAGCUGCAGGCCAUUCGCGAGGCAGUGGGGGGGAAAGAGGUGCUGUGUGCUGCAGUCAAGGUGGAUGCGCAGGUGCAGGAGAUGAAGGAUGUUGUCGCCGGUGUCGCAAGCCUCGACACGGAAAUUAUGAAGAUUGGAGAGCAGGCCUCAGGAUAA